AUGGGGCCAGUCAAUUGCGCUGUUGUUGAAUGCACUAACAACUCAAGGAUGUUAGAAAAGUGGAAGAAUAGUGAAUGUGAAACUCACCAUGGUGUACUGAAAAAAGAAUGUGGCUGUGAGCAACCCUUCAAAUUAUAUUGCUUUCCUGGGCCUGUCAGAUAUUUGGAAAAAAGACAGAAGUGGUUAAAACAUAUUAAAAGAGUUAACCCAGAUAAAAGUCAGUGGCAGCCAAAAAGCAGUGAUCGCAUUUGUAGUAUUCAUUUUGUUGACAAUGUGCCAAGUGUGGAAAACCCUAAUCCUACACUAAAUAUGGGUUAUGAAAUGCGUCAGAGUACUUCAAGAAGAACACUGUUUAAAAACCCAUUACCGUCAGCAAAAAAGAAAUCCAAGAAAAUUGAUGAUCGAGAAACCCUUGGUGUAACUGAAGCAAAUCCUUUCUUGUCACCGCCACGUUCUCCUGAUCAACAAUUGACUGUUAACAUUUUUACACCACCUACGCAAGAUCAUCAGUACUGCCUGUCCGAAGGCACCAAGCAAUGCCUUGUCUGUAAAGAUAAGAAGAGCUUGAUAUUGUCGUUGACGAGAAAAAUUGGGACAUUAUCACGUGAGAACAAAAGACUGAAAAAAGAAGCCCUAUUGCAAAAAAAUCAAAAUACUCCAUUUAAUUUACAAAAGAUUAAAACUGACACCAAAAUGAACUUUUAUACUGGAAUAAUGACAAUUGCAGCUUUUAAUGCUAUUUUUGCACUUCUGAAGCCUUACAUUUCGUGUAUGGUUUAUUGGAAGGGAUGUUCAAAAGCACGUAAAGCAACACACUCUAAAAUAAAAAGGCGAAAUAAUAACUCCAAUACCACCACGAGAAAGCUUUCUGCAAAAAAUGAGUUUUUAUUGACAUUAAUGAGACUGAGACUUGGUCUGUUAAAUGAGGAUUUAGCAGAUAGGUUUUGCAUCUCCACAACAUUAUAUUCUAACAUUUUUACGUCGUGGGUUAAAUUCCUUAGAAAAACAUUAGCUGAUGUGUUAGUUAAUUGGAUACCAAAGGAAAGCAUUUUGGAACAUAUGCCUGAUAUCUACAAGGAAAAGGGGUACGGAAAUGUAAGGUGCAUAAUUGAUUGUUCUGCGAUAUUCAUUAAACGAUCCAAGUCCUUAAAUGUUCAAGCUGUCACAUGGUCAGACUAUAAACAUCAUAACACUGUAAAGUUUUUAAUUGGUAUUUCUCCUGCUGGUUAUAUAACCUUUUUAUCUGAUUGCUAUGGGGGAAGAGCUUCAGACAAAUUUAUUUGCAAUGACAGUGGCUUUUUUGAAUUAUUAGAAUAUGGAGACAAUAUAAUGGCAGACAGAGGAUUCCAGAUCACAGAGGAACUCCUUUUACGAUACUGCCAUCUAGUUGUACCUCCAGGAGCCAGGUUAAAAUCACAAAUGACAUUUAUGGAAUGCAGCAAAACCAAAUCCGUGGCAAACUUAAGAAUACACGUGGAAAGGUCAAUACGGCGUAUCAAAACUUAUCGUAUCUUGCAGACACCUCUACCAAUCACAAUGCUGCAUCACGUUGAUGAUAUUGUCCGUACAUGUGGUGCAUUUUGUAACUUGAAAUCCAUGUUAAUUCAAAAAGCUAAAAAAAAGGACAGAAAUCCAGGUUCAAGUCCUGGUCAAGGUGAUUUUACGUUAGAAUAUAGCAGCAGAAACUACGAUCAAGGCUUUACGCAAUUUUUUUCGAAAAUAUAUACACAAAAAAUACAAAUACAUCAAAAAUCAAGUACCACAUCUGUUGGGGACUUGUGGCUUAUUGAAAAGGGGCACUUUAUUUCCAGACAGCUAGGCGAACAGCAGCAACAAGUCACCAACCCAUCAGGACUAGCACCAACAAACUUCACGUCCCGUCAAUAA